AAAUUCGGUACGGUAAUGGUAAUAGAUUUUACCUUACCAAAUAUUUGAUAUGGUAAUUGGUACAAAGAUUUUGGUACGGUAAUGUACCAAAACCACCCCUAAGCAUAUCUUGUUAUUAAUUUCAAAUGUACUCUUAAUCUUAUUGUCAAAUUGAAAUUUUUUUUUUUUUUAUAUAAUUCAAUCCAAAUGGAUUGUUACUAUUUUUUUUUUCCGGCGAUAGGAUUUUAUUGAUGAUUAAAGAGCAAGACAAUUUCUAGAAGAAUAUCCUGGAUAAUGUUAUUAGAUUCGUUAAGGCUUUAAACACUUGCUGAUGUGGAGUAGUUGAGGCCAUUGGACCCCAAGUCCCAAACCUAAAGGCUAAAACACAGGAGGAUUUACUUAAUUAAUUGUCUCAUCGCAUGGCAUGCACUUUUCAAGUUUCAACCUACGGACAGACAAACACGAACACGAGCUUGUUUAGUUCUUGUUUCUUAAACGUUCGUAUGGAUGGCUGCUGCGAAGAGGAGCAUAGAUUUCGUUUUAGCCCUCGAUCAUGAAUCAUCCAUUCGAUCAAUGGUUUUACGAGCUUGUAGCUGAAGCCGUCACUGGUCGUUCAAGUAGAUUUGGGAGGUGAAUUUUACCAUGGGAAAGAAUUUGAGAGACAAAAACCCUAACAAUCCAUCAGGGAAUGAGCAUUCAUCAGGGUGCGUUUGGGGAUUACUUCACAUCAUGAAGUAUCACCACUGGCAUUAUGUCAAGAAAAGACAAGUGCACAAGAGGCGCCGCGGUAAUAAACACACUAUCGGAGUUGGGAUUCUGGGAAGCUGUACUGCAAAUACCCGUAUGCCAGAAGACACUGAUGCUAAGAUUGACGAAUCUACUUGUAAAGGAAAGACGAUGCAGUCCAUUCCAACAGGCAUACAUUCUGUCAAGGCCCGAAUAAGGGCACGGAUUUCUGGAGAAAUAUCAAAGAAGAAGGGUAGGCAUAACCGGAGUUCGAGCUACCCUGUACAAUCACAAUUGAAACAGCAUCAUUUCGAAGCACCAACUAACCUGCACCCGAUUGCUGAAAUGGUAUUGAAUGAGAAUAGUCCUACAAUUGUUCACCACGGCAAUGAAAAAUCUUGUGCUACAAGCAAUCUGGCAUCACCGCCCGCGACAUCAUAUGAAGGACCAAUUAGUGGCAACAAUGAUUGUUGUGGAGAUAGUUUCCCACCAAUCACUAGAGAUCGCACCGUGCAUGACCAGGUUAAUGAGAAUCAAAGGGAUCACACAUUUAUCGAAGAAAAGCUGAAUAAUGACAGAAUGCAAGAUAUGUUCAAGAAGAAGUUGAUAAACGUAAAAGAACUCGAUGCAGAUGCUUCCUUGCACCAUCCGAAGGAGUAUUUGGAGGCUUUGGAUAUAAUCAAUGUGAACAAGGAGUUAUUAGUAAAGAUUUUACAUGACCCCGGCUCUCCUUUGGCUGCGCACUUCAAUAAUCAGCAAGCUGUCAGUGCAAAAAUGGGUUUAACUAGGUCAGACUCAUUCCCUGUCAAGCUCAAGCACAAGCAUGAGUUGACAGGGUCUCCCUUAAAAGAAGAAAGCAAGUCGAAAAACAUCAGUAAAACGAAGAAGUUAGUAGGGUCGUCUUCUUUGAAAUAUGCUGGUGAACACUCAAUUCCAUCGAUCAGUGAGCACACUGCGGAUGGGAUUCUAGAGCUAAACCAAACAAUUGCUGAUAGUUCUAGUUCUGCCAAAAAUUUGAGGAGCCGAGGUGAGAAUCAAGUGUCAAUUAAGCGGUUCAAGGAUUUUAGACAGAAAAUAAAGCAUGUAAUCAAGGAGAGCAGACAAGAGAGAAAUAUGAUUGCCAUGGAUGCCAUCCUCCACAAGGUUCCUCAUGGCCAAAAGCUUGCUAAAGAAAUGGAGAAAGAGGUCAUUAACCAUUCGAAGGACCUUGCAAUGAAUAGAGAAGGUGAAGACAGUUCAGCAAGCAGUUUUGAUAGCGAAUGUUCGAUUUCUACCUUCAAGAAAAAGCAACAGCGCCACAUGAGAAGAGCAUCAUCGCUCAAUGCAUCGCUAGAUAAUUACUGUGAGUUUUACGAGUCUAGUUGCAACAGAGAAGCCAAAUGCCAUACGACAUCCGAGAGAUUGAAGUUGAGAAAUGAAGGGGUAGGCUUACCUUUACGCUCUGUCCCAAAAACGUUGGGGAGGAUUUUUUCCUUGCCUGAAAUGAAAUCAUAUAACUAUCAGAGUGAGGAAUCUUCAGAUGUGUUCUCUUCUGGAGCUCCAAUUAGGGCUGUUGUGGAUGACAGUGCAAGCAGAAGAAGUAUUUCUGAUGAACAAAAUACUCUAGACUUUAGUAUAGGUUCAGAAUAUCAUAUGCAGCUCGAUGCGCCAGUAGAAAGUGAGAUUAAAAAAUUGGCCGAUGUUGGUGAAUUCAAGGCAGCUUCCGGGAAUAAGAUGGCAUCAACAUCAGUUGCAGACAGUGAGAAAAGUGCUCCAGUGUAUACAAUUGUUGACGAUAUUGAAAACUUGACAGAACCGUUUCCUAUCUCUGUGCCCGAGUUCAAUGUUUCCCUCUCCGAAGGUAUGUCUGCUGAAACGACUAUGCUUAUAGAUAUCGAUUUUAUAGGAGAAGAAACGGAAAUAAAACCUAGAGAUGAACAAGAAAACUUGGCCAAGCUAGGGCAUGAUUUUGUUAUUGGUACGCCUAAGGCGGUUCACAUAGAUACAGAGAAGAUUGAAAGUCCAAGGAAGCACUUGAGGUAUGACAUGACUCAUCUCCGUGUUGAUGACAGAGACAUGGCUGAAUUCAAUUACGUACGAAAUGUGUUGAAGCAAUCUGGAUUCAAUGGGAAUGAGUCCCUUGGGACAUGGCAUUCUGAUGACCAGCCAGUUGAUCCUUUGAUGUAUGGAGACACGGAGGGCUGCUUGGUGCAUGGUCCUGAUUGUUCAGGAAACGAAGAAGGCAAGAAAUGCGAUCACUAUCUUUUGUUUGAUAUGAUCAAUGAGGUGCUGAUGGAGAUAUAUGGUAGGUCAUACAACUACUGUCCAAUGGCGUUGUCUUCACUAUGUCACAUUCCUCUAAUGCCGGCAAGGCACCAUGUUCUAAAGGAAGUUUGGGCCCUUGUGAGUUGGUACUUGUGCUUGAGACCUGAGGUUGAUCAAUCACUGGAUUAUGUUGUGAGCAGGGAUCUUGCGAAGAACGACGGAUGGAUGAACCUCCAGUUUGAUUCUGAGUGCUUAGGGAUUGAGCUGGAGGACUUAAUUUUUGAUGAAAUUUUAGAGGAAGUUCUCUGUGUUUGAGCUUGUGGAUGGAUCGGCUUUCAGUUAUCUAAUAUGUUGCCAAAUCUGACAAGACAAUAUAUGUUCUAAACUAGUUCAACCUGCAGGCAAGGAGAAUCCGAACGUGGGUGCAAAUGAUGAAGCACUCGGCCCUAGUCGAUUGGCCUAACCCACAUCUUUAUGUAAUAUCAUUACUUUGAACUUCACCAAGAACAUAGAGAAAAGGAUUAGGAACAGAGAGAAUUAUUUUGUUUAUGUUCAUAUAUCCUGUAGUAACUAGUGAAAUAUGAAAUUUGAAGUGUAUAUUUAAAAUUGGAGUUCAUGUGUCCAGCAGUGUGAAUUUGUGAGGAGAUUUGCUUGUAACAGUUUACAUUCUACAGUAAUUAAACAUAAAGUAUUACAUCAA